CAACCAGGGCUUAAUGUUCUUACUGAGCUGAUAAUUGGAUACAUAUACCCCGGAAGGCCUCUUGCUAAUGUUGCUUUCAAGACAUAUGGCUAUAUUAGCAUGACACAAGCAAUCACCUUCCUCGCAGAUUUCAAGCUAGGGCAUUACAUGAAGAUUCCCCCUAAGUCUAUGUUUUUGGUUCAGCUGGUAGGCACCAUAGUGGCCUCCUCCGUCUACUUCGGCACCGCUUGGUGGCUUCUUGAAACAAUCGAAAACAUAUGCGAUCCAUCAAAGCUCCCCGAAGGAAGCCCAUGGACUUGCCCCGGCGAUACCGUCUUCUUCAAUGCUUCCAUUAUCUGGGGUGUAGUCGCCCCUCGCCGCAUGUUCGGUAAUCUCGGCCUCUACACCAAAAUGAACUACUUCUUCCUCGUCGGCAUCUUAGCGCCCGUCCCCAUUUGGCUCCUCUCCCGGCGAUACCCUAACAAGAAAUGGCUCAGACUCAUCAACAUGCCCAUCAUCCUCAGCGCCACAGGGGCGAUGCCGCCUGCGAGGGCUAUUAAUUACAUCAUGUGGGGGACUGUGGGAAUCAUCUUCAGCUUUGUGGUUUAUAGGAGGUAUAAAGGGUGGUGGGCGAGGCAUAACUACGUUUUGUCGGCGGGGUUGGAUGCUGGAGUGGCUUUCAUGGCUACUUUGACUUAUUUCUCUCUGCAAAUUAGGAAUAUUGAUGGAGUGCAGUGGUGGGGGUUGCCGUUGAAUGACCAUUGUCCAUUGGCAAGCUGCCCGACCGCUCCAGGGGUGAAGGUUCCAAACUGUCCCGUCUUUUAGGAGGAAGGCAUUUCAUUGAACUGUUGGAGGACAGAGAAUUGUGUCAUA